AUGUGUAAGCGCCGGGCCACCCCGUUUUCCCCCCAUCCCAUCCAGCCCCUCGGGGUCGACCCCCCCUCUCCUCCUCCAGUCUCCUCCCCCCCGCACCCCGCGGCCGCCUCCCCACCCCGUCCUCCCCGCGUGCGCUCACCCCCAACCGCUCCGCCUGGUCUUUCCCCGCCCCACCUCCAUGCGCUCCUACUACUCUUUCAAACACUGCAGCAAGUUGCAGCAAGGCGGGCAAAUAUCGCCGGCGCGCGUGGGGGGCGGGCGCUGCGCUGCGGGGCGCCGCCGCGGGCCCACCCCGCCCCGGCCUCCCCGCUCCCCGCCGCCGCCUCCGCGCGCUGCCUCUCACCGCAUGAGCAGCGUCCCCUCGGUCAGCCCUUCAUCUCCGUGCUGCAGUCCCCCGGCCUCCCUCGCUGGAGGGGGUUCUGUGCCGAGCGUCCCACAGAUGUGGAUUUCCUCUGUCCUGAUGGGGUUCGGAGCUUAACUGGAACCAUGUGCCUUGGUGUUGUAAGAAGCAGACAUGUGCCCCAUGGCGCGGGGAGGAGGGAGAAGAGAAGGGCGGGAGUAGAUGGGGCGCGGUGGGGGGGGUUGGGGGGGGGGUGA